GAUGAAAUAGUGUAGAAAAUAAGUUUUUGAAAAAAUACUUGCAUUGCCAACCGCGUAUUUGAAUUUGAGUUUAUUUGCCUAAGAAAUAAACAAGAAUUUAAAAAACUCUUUUCCCCAUCCGUCUAGUCCAUUAACAUUUCCCCGUUUCGCACUUCUAAACUUUACCGAAAUUCGAAACAUUGUAACCGGUUACCACAUUGUCUCAUAAUUCGCGGAUGCCACCAAAAUUGUUACAAAAAAAUGUACAAGUAGCCAUUCACUUCUUGUUCAUUGCCCCAACCAAAAUUCGUGUUUCUUCAAUUACGUCUUUUCACACUUGGCAUUCGAUUCUUUUUUGGUUUCACACAUGAAGUCAUCGUGGUCACUUGCUUUUAUUAUUUUGAACUUGUCUAGAAUUUGUUAUGGUCUCAACAACUGUCCAACUAUACCGAUAAGAAGUGUAAUUCAGCGAGCAGCUGAAACAACAAAAGAUGCAGUGACCCAAAUGCAAAUGAUUCGAAGAAUUCUUGAAGAUAUUUAUGGAGGAACAUGGGGAGUUCUUGUAAUUAGAGAUCCUGCGUUAGUUUCAAAAGAUGUUCAUUGGACAUUCCCGGAUCAUAAUAAUUUAGAUGGAUCACCGGCAUUUUGUCUCACAGUAGUCAAUGAAUGGCAAUAUAACGUAUUCAAAACCGGUCAAAUAGAUUCACCACAACGUGUAACAAUUGACAACAUGAUACAAAGAUUCUCUUCAGGAACACUGCCAAAAAUUGGGAAGUUGGUGAAUGGGAAGAGUAAGGCUAAAUUCCUUGAUCUGAACGCUAUGAAACAAGUUCCGAGGCGAUAUUCAAUUGCACAGUUGGAUAGAAUGUUAUCAAAUGUUUUAGAAGAAAAACAAAGGAUUCGACAUAAUCGAUCACCAAAACUAGUAAAUUGAAACUUUUUUCACAAUUAUUUUUUGAAUAAAAACGGGUUUUAUUA